AGCAGCUUUGUCCCAACAAAGAGACGCGUUAGCCGCUUAGCAAGCAGGCGGGGGCUCUGAGCUAGUUCACACGGCGCUGACAGACACUUCUACCUGCUGUUGCUUUGAAGUAAACACGCUUUGGGGUUUCAGACUCGGGUGAAGUCUUGGAGAGGUCCUAUGGUCUGUUACUUGAGCUCAACAUGUACUUCUACUGCUGCUCUGCCCAGAGUUUAGAGUUUUAAUUAAGGCGUGUUUAGGAGGACGGACUAGAAUCGGGAUUGUUGCUCAACACCGUUUUGUGGAACCCUGUAUCUCCUCGAAGGCUGCAGGUCCGUCGAGCGUACAUUUAUUUAAAGUCAUGGCGGACGGGAGGAUCUAUGUGGGGAACCUUCCCAUGGAUGUGCAGGAGAGGGACAUUGAGGAUCUCUUCUUCAAAUAUGGCAAAAUUCGGGAUAUCGAGCUGAAGAACAACCGCGGCACCAUCCCGUUUGCCUUUGUUCGUUUUGAGGACCCACGGGAUGCAGAGGACGCUGUCUAUGGAAGGAAUGGAUAUGGAUUUGGAGACUGUAAGCUGCGUGUGGAAUAUCCUCGCUCCUCAGGAUCCAAAUUUGGCGGAUCAGGCGGAGGACCAAGGGGAAGGUUUGGACCUCCGUCACGCAGAUCUGAGUUCCGGGUUAUAGUUACGGGCCUUCCUCCCACUGGAAGUUGGCAAGACCUUAAAGACCACAUGAGAGAGGCAGGAGAUGUGUGCUUUGCUGAUGUGCAGCGCGACGGUGAGGGAGUGGUGGAAUUCCUUAGACGGGAAGACAUGGAGUAUGCGCUGCGUCGACUGGACGGCACGGAGUUCAGAUCCCACCAGGGUGAGACGGCCUACAUCAGAGUACUGGAGGAGCGUGGCACAAGCUGGGGUCGUUCCCGUUCUCGUUCCAGGUCUCGUGGGCGGUACACUCCUCCAUACCAGAGCCGAGGCUCUCCUCCUCGCUACCGCUCCCCUCCACGCCAUAUGGCUCGUCUCAGCCCUCCCUCGCGAAGACCACCGCCUCAGCAACACAGCCCACCGCCACGCCACUAUCGGUAAACGGCCAAACGCGUUCAGACAUGUUUAAAACCCUCUCCUCCCUCAUGUCCUACCUUUUUUAAAAAAAAAUUUUUUUUUUUUUUUUUUUUAAUUUUGUAAUUUACAUUCCGCAAUUAAGACCAUCCCUGGAAAGCCUUAGUCUCUGUUCCCGAGUGUCAAGACAGUCUUGAAAGAUGAAAGCGUUCCUCAUCUGGUCAGUAAUAACUGGAUAAUUCAUAACUGCCGGGAAGAGAAGAUUUAUCAUUUAGGGCAGACGUCACAAUGAAAUCAUUUGUCCACCUUUUUGUUGUUACUGUGGCAGAAUCGGCUGUUCUUUCAGAACUUGCGCUAAUCUGUUAAAUCUUCUAAAAAUCUCUUCUUUUAACUAAAAUGAAAACAAGGCUUAUGUAUGUUUUCUAAUGUACUCCAUCCCUUCAUUUUUGUAUCAUGUUAGAGAUGUAUGAAAAGUGUGCUUGAUUUUAUUUUAUUUUUUUUCCAAUUAAAGAUUUGAAUCAUG